AUGGCUUCCAGAACUGCCCAAAGAGGUAAGCUUUCGUCAAUAGUCAGAAACCAUCCAAAACCUGAGCACAUAACACAAAUUCAAACCCCAAUCCCACUUGAAAAAAUCAACACUAAUGAUUCAUUAAUCUCCCUUUAUCAGAUGCUCCAAAUGCAACCCUCCCCACCUAUCUCUUCAUUCAACAAAUUGCUAGGGGCUGCUGCCAAAACCAAGAAUUAUCAAGAUGCGAUUUUUAUGUACCAUAGGAUGGUUGAAGCCGAGUUAUUGCCUGAUAUUAUUACGCAGAAUAUUUUGGUUAAUUGCUACUGUAGCUGGAAAAUGACUGCUCUUGGUUUUGCUGUUAUGGGUGGGAUUUUCAAGAGGGGAUAUAGUCCAAAUAUUAAUACUUUUACUUCAUUGAUUAAAGGGUUGUGUAUGGAAGAUAAGAUUGACUCUGCAAUUGUGUUGUUCCUUAAAAUUAUUGAAAUGGGGUUUCUGCCAAGUGUUAUGAUAUGGAAUAUUUUGAUUAAUGGGUUAUGUAAGAGUGGAAAAGCAGAGGUAGCUCUUCAGUUGCAAAAAGAAGCCGAGAAUGGAAUGUCUUAUUUAAGAUUUAAGCCUGAUAUAAUUAGUUAUAACACACUUAUUCAUGGCCUUUGUAAAGAGGGGUUGUUGGAGAAUGUUAAACAAUUAUUGUUGGACAUGAAGGGUAACGGAAUUCUGCCAAACUUGGUUUUGUAUGGUGGUUUAAUUCAUGACUUCUUGCAGAUACAUAAAGUAAUUAAGGGUGUUUCUCUGAUUCAAUCUUUGCGCUUUGCAACGAAAGAGGCUUCAAGCAGAGUUUGA